AUGAAUUUCAUCUUCCUAACAAGUCCAAAUUUGCAACUUGAAUUUAUUUUAAUUAGUGUUAUUAAUUAAUAUUAAUAUUAUUAAUAUCAGUAUUGUAUUUGAAUAUACCAAAUAUACAAACAUGGGACAAGUGAAUGAAGCUGAUUAUAUGAGAUCAGAAGUUGCUCUUUUGCAAUUUUCUGAUGCAGAUUUUAAACCUCCACUAUCUCCUACGGUUAUACACAUUCAUGAUCAUCCAACGACCAGUUUUGGCUCAGAAUCUGACCCUUCUUCACCAAGUGUCCAACAAAAUCAACAUCCAAAAGAUGAGUGGCUUCCUAUCACAGAAUCCAGAAAUGGUAAUGCCAGAUUUGCAACUUAUCAUAUUCUUAAUUCCAACAUUGGAUUUCAAGCUCUCAUGCUUCCUGUGGCCUUUGCAACUCUUGGUUGGGCAUGGGGUAGUGUGUGUUUAUCAAUAGCAUUCAUUUGGCAACUUUAUACCAUAUUUCUCCUUAUUGAGCUUCAUGAAUCUCCUUCUGGAAAACGUCACAGUAGAUACCUCUUCCUUGCAAUGUCUGCCUUUGGUGCAAGGUUAGGAAAAAUAGCUGCAUUAUUUCCAGUAAUGUACCUAUCAGGAGGCAGCUGUGUAAUGUUUAUAAUCACCGGUGGUGGGACAAUGAAGCAAUUAUUCAAGAUUCUUUGCGAAAACGAUGAUGGGACGAUGUGCAGCGCGCACUCGCUGAGCGGAGUCGAGUGGUUCUUAGUGUUUACUUGUUUGGCAAUUCUUAUUGCUCAGUUGCCUAACCUUAACUCAAUGGCUGCUAUCUCUUUGGUAGGGGCUGUUGCCUCUAUAAGUUACUGCACACUUUUUUGGUCACUUUCUGUUAAGAAAGGUAGGCCAAUGGGUGUGUCCUACAAUACUACAUUGGUGUCACAAGAAGUUACCGUGGUGAAGAUUAGUGACAUUUUGAAUGCUAUUGGAAUUAUUGUGCUAGCUUUCAGAGGUCACAAUCUUGUGCUUGAAAUUCAGGGGACUAUGCCGUCAAAUUUGAAAGAAACAUCGAAAGAACCAAUGCGUAGAGGAGUGACCAUUGCGUAUAUACUCAUUGCCGCGUGUGUCAUUCCCAUCGCAAUCGCCGGAUUUUGGGCAUAUGGAAAUCAGAUACCUGAUAAAGGAUUGUUAACUGCGUUCCCACAAUUCCACAAAGAACAAGCAACAAAAUUCUCGAUUGGCGCACUUUAUGUUUGGGUGAUACUACAUUGUUUAACUAGCUUCCAAGUCUAUGCAAUGCCUGUAUUUGACAACUUGGAGCUAAGAUACACAGUCAUAAAAAAUCAAAAAUGUCCAAGAUGGUUGAGAACAUGCUUUCGCUUAUUCUUUGGAGGGUUCACAUUUUUUAUUGCUGUAACAUUCCCAUUCUUACCAAGCCUUUCAGCUCUGAUAGGUGGAAUGACCCUAGUGCCUCUCACAUAUGCAUACCCUUGUUUCAUGUGGUUAUCUCUUAAGAAACCUCGUAAAAAUGGUGCAAUCUGGUUGUUUAAUCUUGUACUUGGUUGUUUAGGGAUGCUUCUAAGUGUUCUUUUGGUGGUUGCUGCUAUAAGGACUUUGGCUGAUAAAGGGUUACAUGCUAACUUCUUCAAACCAUAAUUAAGGACAAGCAACCACCCAUGAUUAUUCUUUAAUCUUUUUUUACUAUCAAUAUUAAUUACGCAUGAAUAGGAGGCAAACUGAUAACAAGUUGCGCCGCUAGACCUAUAUGUGUCACCCACCCCACUAUUAAGAUGAGUCUCCCCUUUAGAUAUUUACGGAAAAUUAAUUUUGAAAGUGUACAUAUAGGAUAUAGCGGGGGUUUGAGUUGUUGUAAUAUUGGAAGGUCAAUUUUUAAUCUAUUAUGCUUUAUGAAAUGGACUAUAGUAUUAGUACCAAA